CCUCCAUAGCCCCCUCCUCUGAGUGCCUUGUUGUCCCACUGCCCUCUCUUACUCCUCAGUCCGGCUAUCGCAGCUCUCCCUGACCAGUGGCUAAGUGUCUGGCUGUUGAAAGAUCUGGACAUCAUGGCUUCUACCGGAACUUUCCGCAUGGUGUCGGAGGAAGAGCAAGCCCUGCGGUCCAAGCUGGAGCACUUGACUGUGAAGGAUCAUGGGCCAGUCUUUGGGCCUUGUAAGAAGCUACCCGACCAUACGGUACAAAAGGCAAAGGAUGAGUUGAAUGAGACAGAAGAGAAGAAAGUGUCUUCUGUGAAGGAGCUGAGGUCCCUGAUCAAGGAGAAGGCUGGAGAAGGGGAUGACCUGUCUGUGGACGUGCGGGAAAAAUUUGGGGACAAACCGGACUCUCUGCUUCUGAGAUUCAUCCGUGCUCGGAAAUUUGACGUGGCCAGGGCACACGAGCUUCUGAAGGGUUAUGUACGUUUCAGAAGGGACUACCCCGAGCUUUUUGAGGAUAUGACCCCGGAAGCAGUCCGCAGUACCAUUGAGGCUGGCUACCCACGGAUCCUCUCCACUCGGGACAAAUACGGCCGUGUGGUGCUACUGUUCAACAUAGAGAACUGGGAUUUGGAAGAGGUCACGUUUGAUGAGACUCUGCGUGCAUACUGUGUCAUCCUGGAGAAACUUCUGGAAAAUGAGGAGACUCAGAUCAAUGGAUUUGUCCUCAUUGAGAAUUUCAAGGGCUUCACUAUGCAGCAUGCCUCUGGCAUCAAACACACUGAGCUGAAAAAGAUGGUGGACAUGCUGCAGGACUCCUUCCCUGCACGUUUCAAGGCAGUACAUGUGAUCCACCAGCCCUGGUACUUCACAACCACUUACAAUGUGGUCAAACCCUUCAUGAAGAGUAAACUGCUGGAGAGGGUUUUUGUUCAUGGUGAUGAGUUGGAUGCCUAUUUCAGAGACUUUGAUGCUGAAAUCCUUCCCCCAGACUUUGAUGGGAAGGGCCCUAACUGUGAUGGCAAAGAGACAGCAAUCAAGCUGUUUGGUUCUGAGGACACAGCUCUUUAGAUGGCAGGACCAAUGCACAAGACUGGCUGAUAUUUUGGGGUAUAUGAAAGAAAGUAGUAGAAUAAUGUUGGAUAUAUGAAGAAAAUAUGAAGAAUAUGAAGAAAAGUGUUGACCUGGAAGUUUGUUAAGAACCGAACAACGUACAGUAGCAGAGGUAAAUGUACUGUAGGGCCAAAUACAACAGUACAUGCUCACACAAGUGCAUAUGGGAUUGCUGUGUAAAUAUUUGAUGGGGGAAAAAAGAAAAAAAGAAACUUGGUGCUAGAGUUAAGUGUUAACUGUGACUUGAGCGCAUCAGUAUUAAGCAUAAUAGAGUAGAGGAAAUGAUAUUAGAGGCCUGACAGUUGUAUUCUUAUCAAAGUUCAGGCCAGGUCAAUAUAUGUAUACUCAAACUGCAUAAUGCAGUGGUGAUGUUCACAGACCAACAAAUGACCAACCAUUGAUAUUCUCACUCAGUAUAAGUGUGUAGGGAGAAGUCUACUGAUUGUGCUAGUGUUGCGAUGUAUUAUCCUGUUACACUAGGAAACUGAGAAUGCCUAAUUUAUUAGUAUGUUAACCCAUUUUACAUCUUAUAGGCCAGUUGUUUUUCUGAUGUAGACUAUUAGUGAUAUUGUUUUCAAUUAAAAUAUGAGAAAUGGU